AUGGAGGUGAAGGCUCAACAGCGCAAGAACCGUUGCAGCAGCGACGAUGUCUGGAGCGUGUGGUCUGCGGCAAAGUCUGGAGAAGACAAGAGACUGUCCUACAUGCUUUCCUUGCCCCGUGCGAACGUUGACGCACGGGACCCGGAUUCGGGCUGGACCGCUCUGCACUUCGCCUCGAGGCAAGGGAAGCUCGCCACGGUCAGGGUUUUGAUAGAGAACCAGGCGUUUGUAGGGGCGAGGGCGCCCGGCGGGAGGACUCCGCUUCACCUUGCUGCCGGGUGGGGAACGUACGAGGUGUGCUUCGCUCUCCUUCAGGCGGGAGCCGACAAGACGGCAAGAGACAGCAAAGGAGAAACCGCGCAACAUCUCGCAGAAUAUCGACAAAGAGGCAAGGUCGUCACUCUCCUGGACGGUUGGAGGCCGCUGGGUUUGACGGCCACUCAGACGCAAAAGAUCAAGGAGUCUAGGGGAGAAGGGCCCUUGAGACCAUGGGAGACGGAAACCGAUCCCGAGACAAGGUCACAGCUGCAAACGCUUGACAUGAAGAGAGGCACGUUCGGAGAGAGGCACGCAGGCACCCACACAACUCUCGGCAGGCUUGGUGGCCUGUGUCGAGCGGCGGGGAGACUGGAGGAUGCCAAGGGCCACUUGCAGAGUCUAGUUGAGCUUCUGAAAAGCGAGCCGGCUGCAGGCGGAGGAAGCUGUGAACCACCACCAUCUCGGCACGAGCCUGGAGCUUUGGCCGUGGCGCUCGGAAACCUCGGGGUAGUGUGCCGUGAACUAGGAGAAGCCGAAGAGGCUUCGGGGCUCUUGGAGGCGUCUCUGAACGCCGCCUCGCCGUCAACUACGAAUGCCUCUGCUAGGGGCCCACAUCGGAAGCACUUAGUGGAUGCCGCGACUCGCAACCUUGGCCUUCACUAUUUAUCGGAGGGUAGGGUGGAAGAGGCCCGUCCGCUGUUGCGCGCAUGCCUCGAGAGCUAUGAGGAAAUCCUCCAGUCUGACAUGCCAGGGGGGCACGAGAGCUUGGACCUUAUAACCCCAUUAACGGUGCUGUCGUACGCCGACAUGCUAGCAGGUGGGAGUAAGCACACAUGA